AUGUCCCAUGGCAGAGUAAUCCAAGACUCCGACGAUGAAGAUGAUCCCUUAUCAGAGAUGCCGCCCCCCAUAAAGCGGCCACCAGAGCAGCCGCAGGAGGUCAACGGCACCCACAUCGUCAAUGAGGCCAUUGAGAGUGUUGAAAACACAGAUGAGCACCAACAAUCAGAGAACGGCGAUCACAUCGGUGUAGACUUUGAUGCAUUUCUGCAAUCGCAGGAAACGGCGCAAAAUGGCUUAUCUGCUUCUCAGCAGCGGCGGGAGGAGAGAUGGAUUCCGUCAAAUGCUGGGGCGGGGUCGAUUGGCUCAGUGAUGACGGAAAUUGGGCUUGCGCAGCAGCGACUCUUCGACGACGACGAGGAUGCACAACACGCUGGCGCUCGCGUGCCUCGGGUUGCUGUUCCUGGCGAAGCUGCAAUGCCCUUGAACAUGGCCAUUUCGAACUAUGACGACUACCAUCACCAAGGGAAUCCCGGCGUUGUGCAGCCUACUGCAUUUGCUACCCCUACGUCACAGGAUAUGGCGCUCUUGAACGCUAACAAGCACGGCUAUGGGUACUCAAACAAUGACAUUACUGGGUUCUACGGGGACCAUGUACUGCAUGUAGGGACGUCCAACAACCUUCUCAGCCAUGAUUUUGCCCAGUCCUCGACGUCGUAUAACUUUUUCGAAUCCUCGUUGAAUUUACCCGCGCAUGCCAACGGGGCGCUGCAUUCGUCCGUGGGGUCUCACGGUACGAUUCCAACGGAGGUCGUGCAUAAAACCCCCGGCAGGUCACAUUCGAUGCACGCAACGUUUUACUCUCCGCAUGACACAGAACCAAUCUCGUCUCUCGCAUCUCCGGGAGUUCGCAGAGCGAAGAGCGACGCAGCUUCUCGGGAUGCUCUGCCGCAAUCUUCGACAAGCGCGUUUGACGAGCUCUCUGCUUCCGUUGCCAUCGAAGUCCCCACGAUAAAGAAGAAACGCGGGCGGAAGAGGAAACAGGAUCUGCCAGAAGAUGAUGAGGAUGAUGAGCUUGCACUUUCUGAAAACCAAGACUCCAUUCCAGUGGGUGUUGUUGAGAAGAGAAGACCAGGUCGACCACCGAAGAACGCACGGAUCGUGGACACCGAGUCCAAUAAUCUUGAAUCGGGGUCUGGACGGCCACAGGGCCAGUCUGUUGGCAUUUCGGGAGAACCACAUGAGUUUCGGGAAGACCCAUCUGUCAAUGAUUCAGGUUCAUCCCGCACGACGAUCAAUGGCGUAACGCAUGAUGUCCCCAAACACGAAGAACUACAUAUCAUAGUCACAGACACUCCAAAGGAAGACCAGGAGAGUGUAUCUGUUCAACUGCCUGCAGAAAUCGACCUACCUGCGUCGAAACCCUCAAAGAAGACGAAAGAGCCCAAGAAAAAGAAGCUCAAGCGCGGCAAAACCACCUCAGUAACCCUGAAGAAAACAUAUGAAUCAGACGUGGAAGACGAUGUGAUUUGGAUCGAUGAGCGGCCAUCAAAUCCUACUAAUCAAGUUGAGCAGGCUCCUCAGCAUCCCAUCCAUGACUUGCCUCCUGUCAAAGUGGACCAUGUCGAAUCGGCCAACGUCGAGAUACCGAAGCCCCAGCCGCCAUCGUUGGCCGAAGUCAACAGAACUGAGGCACUGGAAGAAGAGCCAGAACCCGCCCCUCCAACACCCAAGAAACGUGGGCGUAAGAGAAAAAAGACUUCGGAGCAAACAAUCAGCGAAACUCCAUUCGCGCCGGUCGAUGAUACUCCAACGACCAGAGACGUCGAUCAAGGGCUACAGCUAGGCAACGUCUCCGUCGUGCUGGAGCGGCCCUCGGACGACAUCACAAUGGACAAUCAACUCAAAACCGACACUAUUCCUCAUGAAUCCACACCCCCUCCAGAACCCCUCUCAUCCUCGAAACCCUCGACAACAGAACCAAACUUACCCAUUACCCCAAGCAAAAUAUCAAUACCUGCAACCCUCGAGGAGAAUGACACAAACACAGACCCCAAAACAAAAGACCCAGCCCGCGGCCCGGACAAGCACAGCCCGAUCUCGGGGACAAGCAAAGUACCCUACCGCGUGGGACUCAGCCGGAGAGCCAGAAUCGCGCCGCUGCUGAAGAUCGUCCGGCGGUGA